AUGUCUUCCCUUCCCCCCGUUUACAUUGUCUCUACUGCCCGUACACCAGUGGGCUCGUUCCUUGGUUCUUUGUCAACCCUCACUGCUCCUCAGCUCGGUUCUCACGCUAUCAAAGCUGCUGUCGAACGGGCCGAGGGUAUCAAUGCCUCUGAUGUUCAAGAAGUCUUCUUUGGCAAUGUUUUGUCCGCAGGUGUUGGACAGAACCCUGCUCGUCAGUGUGCCAUUGGUGCUGGUCUUGAGGAGUCCACCGUCUGCACCACUGUUAACAAAGUCUGUGCCUCGGCUUUGAAGGCCAUCAUUCUCGGAGCUCAGACUAUCAUCACUGGAAACGCCGAUAUCGUCGUUGCUGGUGGUGCCGAGUCUAUGUCAAACACCCCCCACUAUCUCCCCAACAUGCGCACUGGUGCCAAGUACGGUCACCAGAGUCUAGUUGAUGGCAUCAUGAAGGAUGGUCUACAGGAUGCCUAUGGAAAGAAGGAACUAAUGGGCUUGCAGGCUGAAGAGUGCGCUCAGGAACACGAGUUUACUCGUGAACAGCAGGAUGAAUAUGCCAUCCGCACAUACCAGAAGGCCCAGGCUGCUCAGAAAGCCGGAGUCUUCGAUUACGAGAUUGCCCCUAUUGAGAUCCCCGGCUUCCGUGGCAAGCCCGGUGUGACUAUCUCUCAAGAUGAUGAGCCCAAGAACCUCAACCCUGAUAAGCUGCGUGCCAUUAAGCCCGCUUUUAUUCCCGUCACUGGCACUGUGACUGCUCCCAACUCCUCUCCCUUGAACGAUGGUGCUGCCGCUGUUGUCCUUGUAUCUGAGGCUAAGGUCAAGGAGCUUGGUUUGAAGCCCAUUGCCAAGAUCCUGGGCUGGGGUGAUGCCGAGCAGACUCCUAGCAAGUUCACCACUGCCCCUGCCCUGGCCAUCCCCAAGGCUCUUAAGCAUGCUGGAGUGACUCAGGAUGCCGUUGAUGCGUUCGAGAUCAAUGAGGCCUUCAGCGUUGUGGCUCUUGCCAACAUGAAGCUGCUUGGCCUAUCUGAGGACAAGGUCAACAUCCACGGUGGUGCUGUUGCCAUUGGCCACCCUCUGGGUGCUAGUGGUGCCCGUAUUGUGUCCACCCUGAUCGGUGUCCUGAAGGCUAAGCAGACAAAGAUCGGCUGUGUUGGCAUUUGCAAUGGUGGUGGUGGUGCCAGUGCUAUGGUGAUUGAAUCCUUGUUCUAA